AUUUCCAUGGUUGUAUUAAUGUCUUGUAUGAUACUGCUUUAACUUCUUGGAACAAUUUACAUACUGAGGCUACUUCUUCCAAGUCUUUCCCAAUAUUCAUUCAAUAAGCAAAACUUCUGGCAGCAGCUUUCAUGUUGAAGAUUAUGUUUUGAAUAUAGCUCAUCUCAGGUACUUCUUCCUGAGAAUGCUUGAAAUAGUGACUCAGCAUUCCCAUUUCAAACAACACCGGUAUGUUUGACAAUUCAAGUGCGAAAUUGAAGAAUAUUUCAUAAGUCUUCAUUAUAGGCAUGUCUAUGCUGUACCUGCAUACUUGCUGAGUCACCUGACCAGUAGUGGUAGCUCUAAACUUCAGUUUGAAAAUCUUGCACUCUCUACCCAUAGCAGAAAAUUCAUGCAAUGAUCUGAACAGAGCAUCUUGAGUUUGUAAUUACAUCUUAAUUUGAUAAAUGAUAUUCAAUUGUAUAUUCACCCUAUGAAAGUAAAUCUGCCACCAGGAAACAUCCCAUUAGGAAUCAAUGAUUUUUCGUCACAUGGAAGGUAAUUGCUUCCUUCCCAGUGAUGCUUAUUUAAUGAAUGAGGCAAGUAAUAAAGCGAACUUUCUAAAUAAAAUUAAUAACAUGGUUGAUAACAGCACUAGUGCUAUAACUUGAAUCAUCUUAUGACCAUAGGACAUAGGAGCAGAAUUAGGGCAUUUGACCUAUCAAGUCUGCUCCAGCAAUCAUGCCUGAUUUAUUACCCCCCCCCCCCACUAACCUCAUUCUUCUACCAUCAACCCAUAACCUUUGACGUCUUUAGUAAUCAAGAACCUAUCAACCUCUGUUUUAAAUAUACCCAAGAAGUUGACCUCUUCAGCCAUGUGUGGCAAUGAAUUCCACAGAUUCACCACCCUCUGACCAAAGAAAUUGGGUUUUAAAGCACAUCCUUCCAUUCUGAGACAGUGCCCUCUGAUUAUAGACCCACCUACUAUUAGAAACAUCCUCUCCACAUCCACUCUAUCUAGACCUUUCAAUAUUUGGUAGGUUUUGAUGAGAUCCCCCUCAUUCUUCUGAAUUCAAGCAAGUACAUGCUCAGAGCCAUCGCAUGUGCCUCAUACAUUAACCGUUUCAUUUCUGGGAUCAUUCUCAUAUCUUAUUCUUUCAUUAAGGCUUUUGUUCUGAGUGAUCCAGCACAUAUUCUUUUAUGUAAGAUGUGCUUGCAUUUAUUAAUUUUUCUGGUUGCACAUUACUCCAAUUUCUCAUUCUUAAGAUACAAUGAAGUUAGCACCAUUAUUAGGUUAGACAUGAAGCUGGAAUUACAGUUAAUCAUUCCAAGAGUGAAACAUUGUGAUAUUGUCUGGAUGUUUGGUUCUCAUGAUAGCAUUACAUUUGUCUUUAACCUUUGGGCUGCUAAUACUCACCUUUAAAUUUAAGACACACCAUUCCUGGCUGUGCUAAUGCACAAGUAAACUGCUUACUUUCCACAUGAUGAUGAUGAUGGAGAAACUUUAAUACUUCCUCCAAAAUAUAUGGAUUAUUUUCUGUAACAAUCUGUGGUUGCAUGGACAGAUUAUUUUUUAAUGCCCUACACAACUGUGUGCAUAGAAGGCUGGAAGUUCUUUGAGGAUGAUUUAAUUAUGUAAGGCAGUUUAGUAUAGGAAUUCAUAAUCAGAGACUCCCACCAACCAGGUCAUGCUCUCUUCUCGCCACUGCCAUUAGGAAGAAGAUGCAGGAGUCUCAGGAUUUACCUUACCAGGUUCUGGAACCGUUACUAGUCUCAGCCAUCAGGUUCUUGAAUUACAGGAGAUAACUUCACCCAUCUUCACUUGCCCCACCUCUGAACUGUUCCCACAACUUAAGGACCCACUUUCAAGGAUUCCUCGUUUCAUGUUCUCAAUAUUUAAGAAUGCCUUAUAGCCUGCAUCAGUUAGCGGCACAGGGCUAUACUGAACUAAACUAAACCGAAUAUACUAUGGGUUUUAUGCUUGAUUUUCUAUGUGUAGUUCACACACUUUUUGCCAUUUACACAAUUCGUUCUUUUUCUUUGUAUGUUGGUAUUCUAUGUUUUCUUGAAUGGGUUCCAUAGUGUUCCUUUGUUUUGUAGCUGCUUGCAAGAGGAUGAAUCUCAGUGUUGUAUUCUGCGUAUAUACUCUGAUAAUAUAUUUACUUUGACUUUGUAUUAUUUAUUAGUAGUAGUAGUAUUCCUUUUUUUCUUUUUUUGCAUUUGCACAGUUUGUUGUCUUCCACACUGGUUAUCCACUCCAUUGGUGCAGUCUUUCAUUGAUUCGAUUACAGCUACUGGAUUUAGAGAAUGCCCGCAAGAAAAUGAGUCUUAGGGUUAUAUAUAGUGACAUAUAUGUACUUUGAUUAUGAAUUUACUUUGGACUUUUGAACCUACUGUAUGUAUCAAUUAGAUGCUCUUCUAACUGUCCUAAUCAAUUUCCAGCUGCCAAUAGGUACAGCAAGUCAUUUCUUUCUGAAAAAUAUGAAUGCUCAAUAGGUCUUAAGAUUAAAAUAACCAAACCUAUUGUAUUAAUUAGAUGUUCUUCUAACUGUCCAAAUCGAUUUUCAGCUGCAGAUAGGGUACAGCAAAUCACUUCUUUCUGACAAAUAGGUCUUGAGAUUAAAAUAAUCAAAAUGUUCUGGGAAUUAUAGUAAAUUAUUAGAAUUCUCUGCUUAGAACUCAGUAAGUGAAUGAAUUCAAGCCAAAGAAAGAUAAAUACAAAAGAUUCUGCAGAUGCUGGAGAUCUUGAGCAACACACACAAAGACUAAUAAUUUUUUGGAUACCACGGGAAUCAGGAGAUGAAGAGACAGGGCCGGAGUUUGAUACAGAUAAUAUUGUUGAUUGGUAGAGCAGUUUUGAUUGAUGUAAUAGCCUGUUGCCGCUUUUUAUGUUCAAAUGUUUUGAGUUCCCUUUGCCAUUCUCACAUUUUCCAUUCUUCAAGAACUUCUCAUUCUCACCCAAAAGUCACUUGUCCUUAUUUUAUUCUGCACUAAGUAUCAAUCGCGUCCUUUCUAACUUUGGUGCCAAUGUUCUGCUCCACACCGCAAAUUCAGGUCAUUCUCAUUUUCAUCACUGCACCCAAAUCAUAGUAUUUAUACUUCAACAUAUAAGUAUAAAUACUGGAAACAUACAACUGAUCGCGCAUUGUAUGUAAAGACAAAAAUCAUGCUAACGUUGGCGAUGUAAUCUUUGCAUUGGAAACUCACUCUGACUAACGUGCUUACCAACCCGCUGAGCAUUUCCAGUAUUCGCUUCUCAUUACGGUUUGAACUCAACCGCAGGACUGAAGAAACGUUCUACUUACGGCUCGCGGCCGUUUCAGAUUUGUUCAACACAUGUGAACGACGCGGUGAUGAAAGGAACUGGGCCGGGCGGGCGGUCUGCACCGGCCCCACUUCGGCUGCAGGUGGCACCAGCCCCGGGCCUCGGGACGGCGGAGCAGCCCGCUCGCGAGACCGCCGCCUGACCUCGCGAGCCGCUCCGGAUCAGACCGGCUGUGGCCGGCGCCGGCUGUCCUCGCUGGUGGCAGGGGGAAGAUGGACGAGGAGGAAGCAAGCCCACGGGCGGUUCGCCGGAAAGCACAUAGUCGGCUUCCAUCUUCGGCCUGCAGCUCGAAGCCGGAGCCGUCGGCGUGAACCUGCGGGCGGCUGCUCCAAUCGCCGGGCACGUUCGGUGCGAAGCACAACCUGUUGUGUGUCCAAACACACACAGCUCCAGGAUUGACUCUCCAUACACGCAACAAAUUAAUGGGCUUGAAAGAUCACUCAGUGACUGAGAACAGCACAGUUCUUAGACUUCUACAUCUCAAUGUGGAAAACACUAACAACCCACUAAACGUGAUUACAUCUUGGUCAGUAGUGGAUAAAAUGGCAAUGGAUAAAGGAUAUUCCAAUACAGAGCAUUUUAAAGAAUGGGAAGUGCAAGAUACAGACAGCUCUGGUUCAGACAGUGAAUUGGAGCAGUUAGGAAUUGCCAUGUUGGAGACUAGUUCUAAUAUGAAACAGUUUUGUCAGUCACCUAGUAUGGAAUCAAAACUACUGAAAUGCAAUGAGCUUCUGCAAGACUUUAAAAUUGAUACUGAACCAAAACCAAAGGAUGACUUAAGGAUUACAGAUGAAGACAAAGUUUACAAAACCAAAAUGGAAUUUGCACUGAAACUGGGAUAUUCAGAGGAACAACUGCAGUUGGUCUUGAACAAGUUAGGACCUGAUGCCUUGCCUAAUGACAUACUAGGUGAACUUGUUAAACUGGGGAACAAAAUUAAUUCUGAUGCCUCCUGUGGCAAAAGUACUCCUGGAACUAUAAACCUACGAGAUACAACUUCAACAGAUUCUCAACGAUCUGAUUCUCCUGUAGAAGAUGUGGUGGAUGAUGGGAAUAAUCUAAAACCUAUAGUAAUUGAUGGCAGUAACGUGGCAAUGAGUCAUGGCAAUAAAGAAGUAUUCUCCUGUCGAGGGAUUAAAUUAGCAGUGGACUGGUUUUUGGAAAGGGCCCAUAAAGAUAUUACUGUGUUUGUGCCUGCCUGGAGGAAGGAACAGUCGAGGCCUGAUGCCCUCAUCACAGAUCAAGAAAUCCUGCGCAAGUUGGAAAAGGAUAAAAUACUUGUCUUCACGCCAUCUCGUCGGGUGCAAGGGCGGAGAGUUGUUUGUUAUGAUGAUCGCUUCAUCGUGAAACUGGCUUAUGAGUCAGAUGGUAUCAUUGUAUCAAAUGAUAACUACAGGGAUUUGCAGAAUGAAAAGCCAGAAUGGAAAAAAUUCAUUGAUGAGAGAUUACUUAUGUAUUCUUUUGUUAAUGACAAAUUUAUGCCACCGGAUGAUCCCCUGGGUCGCCAUGGACCCAGCUUAGAUAACUUUCUAAGGAAACGACCUGUUGUACCAGAAUAUAAGAAGCAGCCUUGUCCAUAUGGAAAAAAGUGCACUUAUGGUCAUAAAUGUAAGUACUAUCAUCCAGAAAGAGGUACACAGCCUCAGCGUUCUGUGGCAGAUGAACUACGUGCUAGUGCAAAGAAUUCAAUAAUGAAAACAAAUGAAGGAUUGGUGAAGAGCAACAGUGUUCCAUCUAAUAACAAAACUGAGGCUACAUUUGAUAUCAAACAUAUAGCUCCAAAACAACAAUCUGAUCCAACUAUUCAAACCUCUCUUUUUAAUGCAGUUGAGGAGAAACUUUGCAAUAAAACCAGACUGGAAACCAGGUCUGUGCCCUCUCUCAUUAGUGCAUCCAGUGCUUCAGGUGCAUUAAUCCCAGGUAGUGCCAGAUCAGGUUCUGGCAUGCACUUUGUGACACAAGAACAAGGAAUGCCAUUGCAGUUUCCAGCAGUUCUAGUAAAUAGUCCCCAUGGAACACACAUGUCGUAUAAUAACCAACGCCCAAAGUGUGACUCUCCUGUCGAUGGAAGUUAUUAUUCCAUGAUGAAUCCUUAUCCUAAUCUUACUUUACCUGGUACACACAGCCCUAACCAGUUUUCUGUAGACAAACAAUACAGAUUAAACCAGGUAGGUUCUGAAUGCAGCAGUGAAGGUAGUGUCAGCUGUGGUAGCAGUGAUUCAUAUGCUGGAUAUAAUGAGCAUACCUACCGAAGUUCUCCUGUUAUAAUGCUUGAGGAAAAUCUUAAAUGUCCUCAGCUUCAUAAGCAACAUCAACCGCUUCAUGGAUACCAUGAUAAUUUACCAAGAGUUCCAACUUACAAUAAAGAAGAACAAAAGUCAAUGCACAAAGCUUCAGUCCCUUGCAUGACAUCACAUUUGCCACACACAGUGAUUGGAGCUCAGUCCAGUUGUCCAGGUGAGUAUUGUACAGUAUCUCACAAUGCCCAUCACCCUCAGAAUAUGCAUUUGAGAACAGCAGUAGGAACUACAAGGGUAGAAAGCUUUCCAGACACUCAUUUGUAUGAAAAUCAACCAGUGAGACAAAGAAAACAUUGCAUAGAUCAGGAAAUGUAUGCCAGUUGGAAUAGGCUUGGUUAUAGUGUGGACAUUUGCAAUUACCUACAGGGAUUUUCAUUACCUAAUAAUCCCACACAGCCAUGCUAUGAUCAAUUUACAUUCCAAAGCCUACCUGAGAAAAGGGAACAAACCUGGAGGAUGCCAUGGAGUGGUCUACCAAUUGAGCAUCUGAAUUCACAAAGAUUUCCGGAUGCUCGUGAAAAGGUUUUCACAAAUUUGUGCAACAUAUUUCCAUCUGAACUUGUGCGGAUGGUAAUGAAAAGAAAUCCUCACAUGAUCGAUGCUGAAAAGCUCGCAGCAGCUAUUCUAGUUGAAAAGUCGAAACUGGGUUAUUGAAUUUAAAUGCAUCAUCUUGGUGUUCUUAUUUCUCAGCCCAAAUGCUGAGGUAGCUUACAUUUGUGAGAUUAUUCAGAAAAAGAUAAAAUACUAUAUUUCCUAUACAAAAGGGAAUAUUUUGUGUUUUCAUAACUACCUUUUAGACUUUGUAUUAUUUAAAGCUACAGUUUUCCAUAGGAAAAUAUAAACUCUGUAUUUCAAAGCACCUUUUAAAUAUUUACUUGUGAUAAAAUUUACUAUUUUAAUCUGAUACAGCAGUAUUAGUAAGCCUGAGUGUUUUUUUUUCCACAAUGCAUUUAGUGGCUUUUGGCACUUUUUCUUCAGCAUUUAAUGAAGUAUUAAUGGUAAAGAUAUAUUAGUGCAGGUUCCUUUAUUACCACUAAUUGAAUAGUGUGUUAAAAACAUCUCUGAUUUCCAAUUAAUGAUAAUUAAAAGCCAAGUAGAAAUGCUCAUGAUAUGUAUUAUUUCAGGAUGUGAUAAUUGAAGUUGCAAUUAAAAGCACCCUUUUAAAUUUAUUUUAAAAUAUAUUCUAACCUUUUUAGUUAAUGCACUAGGUCUGUGGUGUUAUGAGAAAGCCUGAUUUAUCUUGCCACAUUUUUUUUUACAAAGUGGAAACAAACAGAUAAUCUGUUUAAUUUCAGUAAGUGUUGUUUCUGGUAUUAACGGAUUUUUGUCUGCUGCAGUGCUAUGGUUGUCAUACAUGUUAGCAAUCAGUUCUAUUUAACUGUUGAGUAUACUGCAACUGCAAGCAAAAUCCAGAAUAAGCAGAAAUGACCUUUAAUUGUUGAUGCAAAUUGUAUCUGUUAUAAAAAUGAAAUCUGUAAUAGUUUUAAAUUUGUACUUGUGUGAGUGAGAUUAGGGAUCAUUUGGGCGGCAUUUUACCAGAUCCUUGAAAUAAACCAUUGGUUUACUGAAUUGUUCAAACUUUCCUUUCACUAGUUAGGAAAACUGAGUUAGUAUACUGCCAACUGAACAGCAAAGUCCUAUAUUUGGUUCUUGUGUGUUUCUCUUCGCAGAUAUUAAACAGAUCUGCACAGGGUAACACAUACAAACAUUGUUCAGUACGGUUUUUUAAUAUCUUAAAUUGAAGCUCAAGUUACAAGGAGUUUGAUCACUUCAUAUUUAUUUUUCAGUUUAUUCUUGUUUCUGUAGUUUCCUGGUUUGAAUUUUCACAGAACUGAGUUUCAUUUCUUUAUAGUCAGGCUGCAAGCUAUACAAAGGAAUCUUACAUACUUAUUUUUUAAAACUAUAGGUAAAAUUGCUAUAAAUGUAUGCCUACUUAAUAGAUUCCUAGUUGUUAAAUUAAUUGUGUUCAGGAAAAUAACCAUAGUUUUAGCUUUGCAGCAUGAUCAGGUUAUUUAAUAUGCAAGUGAAUGUAUGCAAAAUACACCGAAAGGAAAUAAAAUUUUAAAAAUCUAAUUGCCUGCCAUUAUGAGAGAGGAUCUAGUGCAUUCCCGGCAUACAUGACAAAUAAACUCUCCUCUGGUUUCUAGCUGGGUACAUCUGAUGUUUCGAUGACAAACUCUAAGAAGAUGGCAGUUUGUCAUUGAAACUUUGGUUAUAAUCGAUAGCUAUACCCAGCUGGAAGACUAAGAGUUUAUUAUAUUGAUACUUGUCUGAGGGUGAAUUUUUUUUUAAUCAAAAAUGAAAAUUCUAUUUCUCAGAACCUAUUCAGUACUGCUCAAUAUCAAAUUUCUGAUCUUGUUGCACAUUUUUUCAGACUCACUAUUAAAUGACCAAUUCACCUUUUUCUUUCACUUUUUACUCAAAAUGAGUUUAUGCAUUCCAUGCAUAUCAUCUUGCAGCCAGAUCAAAAGUAAAUGAGACUUGCCUAUUUGAAUAGAUAUUUUGUAUUUCAGUGUGCAUAAUAUAUCAGUUUAACAAAUGAAUUACAAAAUUUCAGGGAACAUGGUAAAAUGGAUCCUAAAACCACGUCCAACACACCUAAUAGAAUAACCUUUUCACUACUUGUGUGACACUAUGUGUGACAGUAAGUAGAUUUGGGUAAGAAUGCUUUUUUGACGGGGCAUUGUGCUUAUAGACAUAACUGAUACUCUGAACCAUGUUCAGUACAUUUCCAAAAUAAAUUGUAAUAUACAAUAUUCUUUUUCUCAUCUACAGUACAAUGCUGUUGAUUUUUGAAUUGCACACAUCCCAGUAUCAUUGUAAGGCUCCAAGUUGGUAAUGGUACUAUAAAAUCUAGUGUAUCUAUUGAAAAGUUUAUAAGGAAUUUUGUAUGCCUCUAUCAGUACUAGAAUUUUGAAAUAAUAUUCAUGAAUAAUUAUUUUGUUUUCCAUUUUGUCAACUGAUUAAUUUCAGUUUUGAGCUACAAUAGUAUUUAAUUGUACCAUUUUAUAUUAUAUUCAUCAUUUUGAAAAUGUAACUAAUAGUUGAGUUUAUAAUAAAGUAUAAUAAAGCAUUUCAAAUGUGAUUUUGCAUUUGAAAAUCAAAUGCGAGUUUGCUGAACAGCUUCUGUAUAAUGCAGCUGACAUUCAUGCAUAUUAUUGUAGGUUAAAAACUAAUUUUACUGUCAUUUUAAGCCAAAUCAGUCUUGUGUCCUGUUAUAACUAAUUAUAAUUUUAACUCAUUGGGUAAAUGAUCAGGCAUACAAACUCAAAGUUACUUCGUGGUAACUUUUAUAUUUUAAUGCAAGACAACAUUGGGGUCAAUUUUUGGCUAAAGUUUUAAUCUUGUUAGUAUUUUUUUAACACUGCAUGUCAAACUAAUGCACUAUUAUUCAUCACAUUGGUUUCUAAGAUAAAUUCAUACUUUAAGAUGUGCAAAUGAUGUCUAUCACAAAAAGUAGGUAUCAGGAAAUCCAUAAAUCUUGCCUUAUGAUUCAUAUAAAAUGUGAUAUAAAAUACAUAAAUUUACCCAUUUUGUCAUUUCAUUGUUAAUUUUAAUGUUUGACAUUGACAACAAUUAAAUAUUGAAUGGGCGGGAGGGUGAUGAAGGGGGUAUGUAUCUUAAAAUUCCUUAUUGUGAUAUCUUCAAUAGUAUUUCUUACAAGUGUAUACAUUGUAAUAAUCACUGCUUGUACAUUAAAACAAUCAGAAUGUAUGUAGAGUUCAAUUAAAAUAGCUGUGUAAGUUUUUUAAACACCUUGUGAGAUUGUAUAACUAUAAAAGGGUUUAUGGAAUAUGUAAGAUGAAUGCACUAUUAAUAAUACUAACAUUGUAAGCAUUACUAUGAUGUAGUUCAGUUUGACUUUUGCUAAAACUGGUUUUUAUAUAGUGCUUAAUUAAGAGGCAUUUAGAAAGACACAUUAACAAGCAUGAAAUUUAGGAAGAGAUCACAUGCAGGAAGUGGAAGUUAAAUUGGCAUCAUGGUCAGCACAGAAAUCAUUGGUAAUAGGAUAUAUUCCUAUGCUGUGUGUUCUAUGUUUUGCUGUCACUUAGGUAAGCAGCAAUCAAACCUGAAUUUUUGUUAGCAAUAUAAUUUGUGUAACUACUUUAAAAUCUUCCACAACUUUCAGAAUCAGGUUCAGUAUUACUAGCAUAUUAUUGUGAAAUGUUGUUUUGCAGUUUCAAUACAUUACUAUAUAUUAGUGCAAAAAGAGGAAAAUAGUGAUGUAAUAUUCAUGGGAUCUUUGUCCAGAAAUCUGAUGGCAGAGGGGAAGAAGAUGUUUCUGAAACAUUGAGUGUGUCUUCAGGCUAGUUUACCACCUCCUCGAUGGUAGUAAUGGCAAGAGGAUAUAUCCUGGGUGACAAGUGUCCUUAAUGAUGGAUAUCACCUUUUUGAGGCAUGGACUUUUGAAAGUGUCCUGGUUGCUGGGGAGGCUAGUGUCCAUAAUGGAGCCGGCUGAGUUUACAGCUUUCUCUGAUCCUGUACAGUGUCCCUCUCCAUACAAGAUGAUGCAACCAGUUAGAAUGCUCCACAAUAUAUCUGUAGAAAUUUACAAGCGUCUUUAGUGACAUACCAGUUCUCUUUAAACUCCUAAUGAAAUAUAGUGGCUGUCAUGCCUUCUUUGUAAUUGCAUCAAUAUGUUGGCCCAGAAUAGAUCUUCAGAAAUGCUGACAUGCAGGAUCUUGAAACUGCUCACCUUUUUCCACAUCUGAUCCCUUGAGGACUGGUGCGUGCUCCCUCAACUUCACUGACAUUGAGUGAAAGGUGGUUGUUACAACACCAACCAGCUGAGCUCUCUACCCUGUACCUCUCAUUGUUCUAAUGUGUAAUUCUUCCAAGUUUUACGAAUCAACAUUUUACAAUCCUCUCACCUCUUCCUAAGGAUAUACACCAACAUAGCUAUGCCAUCUCCUCCACCUACCUACCUGUCCUUUUGAUACAAUGUGUAUCCUUGGAUGUUAAACUACCUAUAAUACUCUUUCAUACUUGUCAAUCUGCAAUUGCUCUGCAAGAUCAUCUACCUUAUUUUCUAUACUGCAUGCAUUCAAAUACAUCACCUUCAAUUCUUUAUCAUCAUUUUCAAUUUUGUCCCCAUUACACUGCAAUUCAUUCUAUUGACUGCAAGUUUGCCCUAUUAUCCGCCUGUCCUUCCCAACAAUCUCACUACACAGCACUUCUCAGCCCUAUAAUUCAGUUUCCCACCCCCCUGUAAAAUUAGUUUAAACCCUCCACAGCAGUUCUAGAAAACCUGCCUGCAAGAAUAUUGGUCCCCCUCAGGUUCCUGUGAAGUCUGCUCUUUUUGCACAGAUCCUACCUUCCCCAGAAGCGAUGCCAAUGAUGCAGAAAUCUGAAACCCUGCCCCUUUACCUUAGCCACACAUUCAUCUGCCAUAUCAUCCAAAUCUUACCUUCAAUGGCAUAGGCAGCAAACCAGAGAUUACUACCCUGGAGAUCAUUUUUUUUUCAGCUUUCUCCCCAAAUUCUCUCUUCAAGACCACCUCCUCUUUCCUACCUAUGUCAUUGGUGAGUACCAAGAGUUCUGACUGCUCACUCUCCCCCUUUGGAAUGCUGUGGACCCAAUUUGGGAUGCCUCUGACUCUGGUACCGUGUGGGGGGGGGGGG